GAUAUACGCAAGCAUGACAAAGUCUCGGGAGCAUUCAACACUUCAACUACGUUUGUUUAUCCGAGUAUCACAACACAAGUGUGAAUUGUCUGGCCUAAGGAAAGCUAGAUAGUUAAAUUCACAUUGGAAAAUUCAAAUGUGUGGCAUUGAGAUGAGAUGGUAUCGAACUAUUACAUCUGUGAUAACUUUAUUAACUGCUUGUAUUGCUGUUCAAGCCAUCAAGAAUUGUCCUAGUAAUAUUACCAUUAAUUCCAAAGGAUAUUUUGAAGCUUAUUUGAAAAUUUUGGAAAAUGGAAGUACUUCUGGGAUAUUCCCUCGAUUAUUAACUGUGAAUGUAUCCAGAGUUUGUUGUGGUGGCGAGCAGAAUAUUUCAAUCAGGUUUGUGAACGAGACCACACGAACGUCUGUGCGGACAUUGCUUUAUUUGGAGCGCGAGACGCGAGAAGGGAAACCAUUUGAUAAUACGACCUUGGAUUUCUAUUUUCCCGCUUAUACCACGACAUCCGAAGCGACAGAGGUUUAUAAAGAGUUUCAUUUCAUUGAAAUUGUAAAAAGUCCUGGUCCGGCGUUCAUAAUGUUGAUUGACGAACUGCAAGAAGCGCCUGACCCUUCUGUGGUUUUAAUUGAGUGCUGGCCUAUAUUCGUGUUGUUGCUCGUCAUGGCUUGGGUUGUCGGCAUCAUUGGAUGGUUUUUGGUAAGUAGCGAGAUUUUAACUCCGGCCAGACCCCAGAGUUAAGGUCACGAGAUAUUCUCAGAACCGAUUGCCUUUGAACAUUGUUAACAUAACUUCAAGUUCACAGAAUCAAAUUACCAUCUCCAACUUUACCCAAACAAUGUACCCAAUUUUAUCAGGAUUUUGGGCACUCACUCGAUAGAACUUACAAUUUGUAGGGUUUUUGUGGGUGCAAAUGUUGAGCGGACGAUUAUGUAGAAUAUUGUACAUUGAUUGUUCUGAGAAAGAUUAAUGUAUAAUAAUCGUAUCUAAUCUUGAGCAAUUGUCCUGAUAAUAAUCUUGAGCUAUCGAGUCAAAUUUACACCCAUAAUUUAGCGCUGACCGCGUCGCGUGCAGCAAGCUUUGGUCUCAGAUAAUCUGUCAGAGGGUUGAUGAUUUUGAUAAUUGUUUAUCAGUCGUUUACACAAGUAUAGUGAUGCACAAGUGCAUUUAUACAGGGUGAGUAAAAAAAUCUGAUACCUUCGCGGCUAAUUUGAAUAACAAAAGUUUUUUUUACUCACCCUGUAUUUAAUCCUAUUCGAAUAUUCAAAUCGUUAUGGAAAUUACAGAAGCGUAACGAGCGUCAUAAGUUAUUCUAGUUUCCUCUGGAAACGCCAUGACGUUACGAGCGCCCUCCAGCCUCCAGCCAUGCGUUCGCUUCACGUCUAGAUAAUGGUGAUUACGUAUUUGAUACCGUGGGGGCGUUCAAAAUUACGAAUGUCAAAUGACAAUUACUCGAAACGAACGGUUGUACUUGUAAACACGAUGAAAGCUCGCACAAACAAUACCAAGCGCUCACAGAAACCUUCAAAAACACGCACAAAUCGAAAUCUCGCCUGGCGAAGUCAAGGCGACAACAACAAAUCGAUAUGCUAUCAAUCAGAGCACAGCGGGAGUCUAGUAGUUAAUAGUCAUGAUGCUGUGAUAUAAAUUAUACUGAUACGAUGUGACGCUUGGUUAAAAUGUACCUGCUGUUUUAGGUGUUGUGUUUCCGUACGUCUGUUUAUUUCAAAACUUCAGAGAAGAAAACUAAGUUUGCUUUGAAUUUUAGCUUAACCUGGGGUUAAGGUAAUCGGCUAAUUUCGAACAACCAGCUCCUGGUUAUAGAGUAUGUAAGAUUUAGAAUAGUUAAAUAUUUUCCGUGUAAAUAUCGACAGAGUAGUUUGUUUCAAAAGCAAGAAGAUUAGUAAUUGGUUUCAGGAGCAGGAAAAUUGAACUAUGUCUGUCAUUUCUAUAUUUUCCAUUGACUAUACUACAUAGAAUGAAAAGAAUUACCAUUAUAUUCUCACUCUGAAAACUGCAGGUUGAACAUCAUCUGCUGUACAAUAGUUUUGUGAAAGCCAGCUACAAGUGGAGAAAUAUAUUUUUAUAAAUUGUUUCAGGAUCGGAGUAAAAACGAACAGUUUCCUGAGAAUUUUUACCGGGGAUCCUGGGUAGGAUUUUGGUGGGCUGUUGUUACUAUGACAACUGUGGGGUAAGAUUUGUUAUAUUUGAUUGUGAUGAUGAUGUUAAUGAUGGUAGUGAUGAUAAUGAUCGUGAUAAUGAUGAUGAUAAUGAUGGUGGUGAUGAUGGUGGUGAUGAUGAUGGUACUAAUACAACACUAUACUACCCUAGGUAUGGUGACAAAGCACCGAAAUCGUUCGCAGCUCGUGUCAUCACAAUCCUCUGGAUGAUAACUGGGACAAUAGUCACUUCAUUAUUUACGGCAAAUGUCACGACAGUCCUGACAACAAAAAACGUCGCAGCGUUGCAGAAUGUUUUGGGACAAAAGGUAGCACUUCAUACGACUUAUACUGAAAGCCAACUAACGGUAUUCAACUUUAAGCUUACCUCAAUUCACCAGUCAAUGCUGUAGUAGCAGCUAGCUUUUAUCACGCCUAAAAAAAGAGAAUCAUUUUACACUUCACUUAAUUUUCUUAGGUUGGUGUGUUAAAUAGUAAGCAAUUCUUUCAACGUGAAAUCAACGAAGGUGCGAGUUUCAUCGGUAAGCGAUAAAUGAAAACAGUUUAGAAUUGAUGGAGCUAUCCAGUAUAAAUAAAGUUAGUUUAGUUUAAGUUUCCUCCUGUAGUAACACUGGAUCAAUAAGACAUGAUCCAUACUGGACCUCUAGGAAGAACAGUUUAGAACUGGUACAGCUAUCCAGUAUAAAUAAAGUUAGUUUUGAUUCUUAAUUCAAAUUCGUUUUUCAGAAUACUAUGAUCAGGAAACCAUGUAUACAGCUUUCGACAACAGAAAAAUAUCUCGAAUUUUAGCUCCAAACUACUUGGACCAUCUGUACUUCGCAACUAAGGAACAUUUAGCUAACAACUUCGUGAUUGCAAGGGUGGUCAAGCAUCCUUUCUCCGUGGGACUGGGCCUUGUUGAUGAUAAGAAACAAUUCGGUGAAGAGAUGAUGGAAUUUCUCAGAUGUUGGGAAAGACAAAUUAUUAAUAAUUUUGAAGAAGUAUGUGGGUUUACAUUUAGUUGUGUAUUUUUGUAAAAUACCACCAUCGCCAUAAUCGUUAUCAUCACACCACCACCACUACCAUCAUCACUACCAGUCUACCACCAUCAUUAUCACCAUCACCACCAUCGUGAUCACCAUCAUCAUCAUCAUCACCACCAGCAAAACCAUCGUGAUCAUCAUUACCAUCAUCAUCACCACCAUCAUCAUCCCCAUCACCAUCAUAUAUAAUCUUUUGCACUUACGUAUUUCAGGAUGGUCUGGAUUACUCAGUAAUAGACCCGAGCCUGUACCACACAGCAGAGAAUGCACGAAGCUUGCUGAACCAGAAGAGUAUCCUGAAUCUAAUCUAUGGUCUCCUGGUGUUGCUAUUCAUCUUUCUUGUCACUGGAUCGCUCUGGGAAUUCUGGAAACGUAGUAAUGCAAGAGCAGAAAAAAUGACGUCGAUGGAACCAGUAGGUAUGAAAGGACCUCUGUAUGAUCUAACCAUGCUUAACUCAGCAGUGAGUUCUGUACAACAUCAGAUCACUUUAAGGUAGCCCACCUUCAAGAACAUCUACUACCUCUGUAUGAUCUAACCAUGCUUAACUUAACCCACAUUCAAGAACAUAUACUACCUCUGUAUGAUCCAAAUUUCUACAAGAUUCCAUCUAUAUUUUUAUCUUCAGAAAUUGAGAUGACUAAAAGAGCGUCCCCAACACUCAGCUUUGAUGGCAAAGCCUAGAGUAAUGGUUAGUGAGACUGCUGAAGACAUCUCAAUCAGAGAUAUACGACAUGUUUUAAAAUAAAUACAAUUAACAAUAAAUAUGCACCUGUAAAAAUCCGUAAUAAAAUAACUCUCUUUAAGAGUUUACUGCAGAAUUAUUGUAUGCAUUCCUUGUUUUUCAAAAUAUCUCAAACGUGGGGAGUCCUGAACUACCUGAAAAGAUUAAAACACUGCAAUAUUUCGACGGAAGACUACGAAAGAUUUUAAUUAUUGGAUCGGAGACAUGUUAUUUCUCCCCUGUUUAAAAAAAUUUAAUCAAUUCUUAAUUCACUACAAACUGUGCGUUUACAUUAAAAAGUUUGUUCGUCC